CUUCUCUUCUCUCUCUCGGCUGAUUAAGCAACUUCACUUUCCAUCUUCUGACAGACACAUUAAAAAAUGGCGUUGCAGUUUUUUUCAUGCAAACCAAAAUAUACAUUCCUCUCCUCUCUUCUUCUACUUUUGCUUCUUUCUUCUUCAGUAGCUGAGCUCUCUUUCAACUUCUACGCCGGUUCUUGUCCUGGAGCUGAGUUAAUCGUCAGAAACACCGUUAGAUCUGCUUCUUCCUCUGAUCCAUCAGUCCUUGGGAAGCUCCUACGUCUCAUCUUCCAUGACUGCUUCGUCCAGGGUUGUGAUGGCUCAGUGUUGAUUCGAGGAAACGGUACAGAGCGAAGCGACCCUGGGAAUGCGUCUCUAGGAGGAUUCGCUGUGAUAGAAAGCGUCAAAAAUAUCCUCGAAAUCUUUUGUCCCGGCACAGUCUCUUGUGCUGAUAUACUUGUUCUUGCCGCAAGAGAUGCAGUAGAAGCUCUCGGAGGACCGGUAGUUCCGAUACCGACAGGGAGGAGAGACGGGAGAGUCUCAAUGGCAGCAAAUGUCAGACCAAACAUCAUAGAUACCGAUUUCACAGUUGAUAAGAUGAUCAAUAUCUUUUCCUCUAAAGGCUUAUCUGUUCAUGAUCUAGUUGUCCUCUCAGGAGCGCACACUAUUGGAGCUGCGCAUUGUAACACGUUCAACAGCAGGUUUAAGCUUGAUCCAAAAGGCAACUUAGAACUAAUAGACGCGUCUCUCGAUAACUCCUAUGCGCAAACACUUGUAAACAAGUGUUCAUCGUCACUAGAUCCAACGACCACGGUGGUUGAUAACGAUCCAGAGACAUCGUCGACGUUCGAUAAUCAGUACUACAAGAAUCUGUUGGCUCACAAGGGUUUGUUUCAAACGGAUUCAGCUCUCAUGGAAGAUGAUCGGACGAGGAAGAUUGUUGAGAUUCUUGCGAAUGAUCAGGAGAGUUUUUUCGAUAGAUGGACUGAGUCUUUUUUGAAGAUGAGUUUGAUGGGAGUGAGAGUUGGUGAAGAAGGUGAGAUUAGACGUUCUUGUUCUGCUGUUAAUUAAACGAAGAUUAGACCAAGUUUCUCCUAAUCAACAAUUUCUUGAUUUAUUUAUUUUCAACUCCAAUGUAGACAAUACGAAUAUUUAAAAAAGAUUAAAUAUUAGUAAUUUUAUACAGAAGGAGUUGCAAAAUGUAAAUUUUACUGUUAAGGAACUUCAUGCGUUUUUUUUGAACCAUUUAGGAUAUUGCCACAUGGAUCGAUC